UGGGCAGAGGGGCGGGGGUUGGGAAGAUGGCGGCUCCCAGCCUCCUGAACUGGAGGCGGGUUUCCUCCUUCACGGGGCCGGUCCCCCGAGCCCGGCACGGACACCGGGCCGUGGCCAUCCGGGAGCUGAUGAUCAUCUUCGGAGGGGGCAACGAAGGCAUCGCGGACGAGCUGCACGUCUACAACACCGUUACAAAUCAGUGGUUCCUACCAGCUGUUAGAGGAGACAUCCCUCCAGGCUGCGCUGCCCAUGGAUUUGUCUGUGAUGGAACCAGAAUACUGGUAUUUGGGGGCAUGGUUGAAUAUGGAAGAUACAGCAGUGAGUUAUAUGAGUUACAAGCAAGUCGUUGGUUAUGGAAGAAAGUGAGACCCCAGCCUCCAUCUUCUGGAUUACCACCUUGUCCUCGUCUUGGACACAGCUUUUCUUUGUAUGGUAACAAAUGCUAUUUGUUUGGUGGCCUGGCAAAUGAAAGUGAAGAUUCAAACAAUAAUGUUCCCAGAUAUCUAAAUGAUUUCUAUGAAUUGGAACUUCAGCAUGGAUCUGGUGUCGUGGGUUGGAGCAUUCCAGUGACCAAAGGGAUUGUGCCUUCUCCAAGAGAAUCCCACACGGCUGUUAUAUAUUGCAAAAAAGAUUCUGGAAGUCCUAAGAUGUUUGUUUUCGGAGGGAUGUGUGGUGCUCGCCUGGAUGACCUAUGGCAACUUGAGUUAGAAACUAUGUCAUGGUCAAAACCAGAAACUAAAGGAACAGUGCCACUUCCACGAAGCCUCCACACAGCCAAUGUUAUAGGAAACAAGAUGUAUAUUUUUGGUGGAUGGAUUCCACAUAAAGGGGAAAAUAUUGAGGCUUCCCCUCAUGAUUGUGAGUGGCGAUGUACUAGUUCCUUCUCUUACCUAAAUCUAGAUACAGCAGAGUGGACCACUUUGGUGUCAGAUUCUCAGGAGGAUAAGAAAAAUGCCAGACCAAGACCGAGAGCUGGACACUGUGCUGUUGCCAUCGGCACUCGAUUGUAUUUUUGGAGUGGAAGAGAUGGCUACAAAAAAGCAUUGAACAGUCAAGUUUGCUGCAAGGACCUUUGGUAUCUUGAUACUGAGAAACCCCCAGCACCGUCACAAGUACAACUGAUCAAGGCUACUACUAACUCAUUUCAUGUCAAGUGGGAUGAAGUGCCUACAGUUGAGGGCUACCUUUUGCAGUUGAAUACAGACUUGCCAUACCAAGCUGCUUCGUCAGAUUCCUCAGCAGCACCAAAUAUGCAAGGAGUCAGGGUGGACCCUCACAGACAAGGCAGUAAUAGCAUCGUUCCCAACAGUAUCCAAGAUACAGUAAACAGUACAAAAACUGAACAUACAGCUAUGAAAGGAACACCAAUGAAAAGCAACCCAGAUCUCAAAGCGUCAGCUGAUCCUAAUGCCAUUUUACUUUUAUCUUCGGCAACUAAUGCUGCUAAUCAUAGUAGUUGUGUGGUAGAUAUGUUAAGGAAAAAUGAAGGUGCCCACACUUCAGCUCAUGUAGGUGUUCUAAGUAACUGCCUGGAUAUACGACCAGUAAUCUCUGAAACAUCUGUUUCCAGUGCUGCUUCCAGCGCACAAACUAUGGUAACCCAGCAGACCAUUAAAACUGAAUCAUCCAGUACAAAUGGGGCAGUUGUUAAAGAUGAAACUUCACUAACAACAUUCAGUACCAAAUCUGAAGUUGAUGAAACAUGUGCACUGCCUGCAAGUAAGAUAAGCCGUGUAGAGAGUCCUGCUGCAGCAACAGUUCAGUUUUCUAAAGAGACUUCUUCAAAUCCGGUGGCCACAGCAGUGAAAGCAGGAGAACGGCAGUGGUGUGAUGUGGGAAUUUUUAAAAAUAACACAGCUUUGGUGAACCAGUUUUAUUUGUUGCCAAAAGGGAAACAAAGCAUCUUAAAGGUUGGAAAUGCAGACGGGCCUGACUACAGUUUACUAAAGAAACAAGAUCUUGUUCCAGGCACAGGAUACAGAUUCAGGGUUGCUGCAAUCAAUGGCUGUGGAAUAGGCCCUUUCAGCAAAGUCAGUGAGUUUAAAACUUGUAUUCCUGGUUUUCCUGGAGCUCCGUCUGCCGUCAGAAUUUCAAAGAAUGUUGAUGGUAUCCACCUUUCCUGGGAACCUCCAACUUCACCUUCUGGAAAUAUUUUGGAAUAUUCAGCUUACCUGGCUAUCCGUACAGCACAGAUACAAGAUAAUCCAAGUCAGCUUGUGUUCAUGAGGAUUUAUUGUGGUCUUAAGACAUCAUGUGUAGUAACUGCUGGGCAACUUGCAAAUGCAUAUAUUGAUUACACAUCCAGACCCGCCAUUGUGUUCAGAAUAUCGGCAAAGAAUGAAAAGGGAUAUGGACCAGCUACCCAAGUCCGAUGGCUUCAAGGUAACAAUAAGAAAGCUCCUUUAAGCUGAAUUGGUUUUAACUGAAGCUAUUGUGAUGAUUAUUUAUUAGUAACUAGUUAUGAAGAUUUGUCAUUUAACAAAGUAUUAUAUACAAAUAUGAUUGUAUUUCUAGCAGCUAUGAAUUUGAGUUUGUAAGUUGUUCUUAAAAUGUAUUUGCUCAAUCCUAGAUCCAAAUAAAAUUAGAAAAGAAGCAAAGACUCU